GCGUAAGUGCCCGACUACAACUUCUGGUAGCCGAUGGAACCCGACACGAUGGGGCCACAACCGACCACGGGCGAAGCAGGAGAGGAGUACAGGGCAUCGCCCGAUCGAGCACUGAGGGAUCUGAAGGAACGAAUUAGGCAAGAAGCACCGCUGAGAUGGGCUGACCAAACCAAUGAUGGAGGGCCCGACAUGAGAGGCGAACCAGUUGCGACAGAGCCGCAGGAGGCUCUAAAGACGGGUACCUCGAGCGGACGACGAGAAGCGACGAGGCGGCGCUCCCCCGAGUACGAGCGGAGGGACACCAUAGCGGACAGGGGUUAUGGUAUCACAGAAUAUCUGGAGAAGUGGGAGCUUCACGCCAGCCGGAGUCAGGGGUCGGAGGAAGAGAUUAUAGAGAACUUCCUAUUUAAUGUGGACCCAAGUCUUGGUAGGGAAGUAAAGGAAGCUCGACCGAAGGAUGGGAAAUGGACUACGUACAAGAAGAACCUUGUUGAGCUUUACAAAUUGGAGGAUAACAAGUAUUCCAUCCAGGACCUUGAAACAAUGACUCAAGAUGAAGAUGAGAGCGUACGGGCAUUUGGGAUGCGUUUUCAAAAGAUCUCCGACGUGCUGAUGAGGAAGGGGAAGAUCUCAGAGGUCGAGCGCUGUACUAUCUUCAUCGGACACUUGUCCAAAGACCGAGACCGCAGAGAUCGCGAGCUGUUUGCGCGAGCAAGGAGGCCGGAUGAUUACCCGCGAAGCCCUCGCUAUGAGGCCGAUCGCGGUAGAGGCGACUCCCGCGGCCGAUGGGAGACAGAUCACGACCGACGAGAUGGAUAUAGGGACGAUAGAUACGAGAGAUCAGACCGAGAUGGAUAUAGGGACGACAGAUACGAGAGAUCGGACCGAGACGGAUAUAGGGACAACAGAUACGAGAGGUCGGGUCGAGAUGGCUACAGAGGUGGUAGGUAUGAAGAGGAGAUCGGGAUUGCGAACGACGAGAUGGGUCGCGCGGACGGUUUGAGCGCGGGGGAGAUGCGAGAGAGCAGCGCGACGAGUCGCGGGGGUGGUACAACCGAGGGGACCGACGCGAUGAGUCACGAGGGCGAUAUGACUCGGGGGACCGCCGAAAUGAUUUGCGAGGGCGGUAUGAGCAAGGAGGGUCUGGAGGAGACCGCCGCAACGAUGCGCGCGGUCGGAAUGAGAGAGGGGGAUAUGGCGUCUCAUCAGAACCAUAUCCGAAGUCGCCUGACCCUAAGGCAGCCAGGAGUUCGAUCUCUAGAAGCACAGACGACAGACCAUCUACUCCCAGGAACUCAUGCGUCUACUGUAGAGGAGAAGAUCAUAUCAAGAGGGAUUGCCCGGACCUCAAACAGGCAAUAGAUGAGGGAUUUGUCGUGCUUGACGACCGCAAGUACGUCAAGU